CAACUUCAUCCCUUGAACCUCAUCGUCUUGAGGUUAUCAAAACCUAUCAUAACAUCUUUGCUCCUUCCUUAUCAUUUGUAUACGUGCGUAUCCAACAGUCAAAAUGUCAUUUUCAAGCCUAGUCUCACCAGGUCCCUACCAUAUUAUCAGUUAUGGCACCUUGCUUGGGACAACAUUCUUCCAUUCGUUCGUGGGUGGCAUCAUUGCCUUCCAGGUCCUUCCCCGCCCGCAAUUUUCCGCGCUCAUGACCAAGAUCUUCCCCGUCUACUUCUCCAUCCAAACCGCCAUCCCCGUCGUUCUUGCCCUUACCUACCCCGCGGCUACCUCCGCAUUCGGAUCCUCUGGAGCAGCUGGGAUCGCCGGCGUUCUGGACCCGGAUAAUAGGUGGUCUGUUCUGGCCCCCAUUGCUACCAUCUUCUUUACCGGCCUGGCCAACCUUUCCGUGAUUGGGCCCGCUACUACCAAGUGUAUGAUGGAGAGGAAGCAUCAGGAAACCAAGGACGGCAAGAAGAGCUAUGAUGCUCCCCCACACUCUCAGGAGAUGACUGCGCUGAACAAGCGCUUCUCCCAACUCCACGGCAUUUCAUCGCUCCUUAACUUGGGCAACUUCAUCGCUACUGUCGUGUAUGGCUUCACAUUGGCUUCACGUCUUGACUAGAGGAGGGCAUAGAUGCACAGGUGUGUUCAUGUUUGUUCAAGUUUGUUCAAGGGCUACUGAGGCACAUCCAUUUCCCUGCUGUCUAGUUGUUGGAUCGCGCAAAGCAUGAUUGCAAGCCAUAUAUCCACCCCAUUUCCCCUUAGUACCAAAUUAUAUAGGUUUGCCUUCUCCAUUCCUUUUCCCUUUGCUCUUCACUCCUCCUCAAUAAUGCAUACGAAAUCCUCUCUGCAUCAGCUUCUUAUCCCUUUUGACGUUUCUCGGCUCCGUGGUUGACAAAGGACCAAUAAAAACACUCCAUUAACGCCGCCGCCGCCUGUUCCGUGAGGAACUUGAUAAUCCGCGUUUUUCCCUUGUCUAUGUCCGUCUCGUUGAUACUCGACAUGGCUGAUGCCGAUCCAAGACUAAGUCGAUAGGAGAAACGAGGAGGAAAAAGUCCGAAAAGCCAAACAAAGUUGCUUGUUGAAUGAGAAUAGAAUGAAUAAUUCAAGAAAACCGCCGAAAUUGGGUGCCGAGCUUCAUGGUCGCUCGCUCGCUCGCUACUGUCGCUUGAGGCAGCAAAGCUCCCAUCCGUCAACAGCGUUUGCCAAAUUGAUUGCCGGUACCCAGAAAACCAAAGUUGCCGUGUUGCAUAGGUAAUGGAUGAUGAGAUGGAAGCGAUCGCGACCAGAGGUCGAAACUUUCCAAGGUGUUUGUCGCUUUAGAUCUUCAGGUCAAACGCCGCCUUCGCAGCCAACAACUCCGCCUUCGCCUUCUCAAAGCGCAUCUUUUCCUCCUCAGGGUCAACAACGGGCAUGCGCCUGUCGCGCGCGUUCUUGACGUAGUAGCUGAGCGAGUGCUUGGGGGGAGGGCGGGCCAGCAGCUCCUCGAUGGUAGCCUCCUCCGCGGGCUUGGUAGUAACUCGAACCUCGACGACAGCAGCAUCUGAGAUGGUGGAGGUGGUUACAACGGAAGAGGUGGUGGAGGAAAUGGAGCUGCGAUGACGACCAGACGCGGUGCCCGCCGGGGAGCGCAAGGCGGAAAGAAUUGGCGACUUGCUGAUGAGAGUUUCCUUGGAGGACGGCAUGAUGGACAUUGGGGUAGACGUCGAGUACAUCAACGCCCUGACCAAAGAUGGGGUUGCGGUAGAUGUGGGAGGAAGAGGGGGGAAUGGCGAUGGGCUGCGACUCCUUGUCACGCUGCUGCCGCCGUUUCUAGCGUUCCUGGCGGACGAAGUUGGUGCCGGAGUGAAAAAGAGGUUGAAGAAGGGAUCUUCUGGGGAGAAGGAGGCCAUCGUGAAGAAGCGGGAGGGGAAAAAAGUAGAUGUGGGGUGCGGGAUUAUAUAAUGAUAACUGCAAGGUUAUGUGCGCGCGCGUGUGUGUGUGUGUGCUGUAGCCCUGGUCCUGGUGACUCAACGGCUGCAAGAUGCGCGAGUGAAGGGUACAACUCGUAUUGUAAGGAACUAUCGUGAGUGUCAAGUUGUUCUGGAUUGACCGUUUUUUCCGUCGGUAAUUUUGGUUUGGGCCCAAUACUGUCCUCUUUACACCAGGUUGUCACAGGUUUUCGAACGGAAAGUAGAUAACCCCAACGAAAACUUGUUUCGAUGAAAAAUUGGGUUUCUAAUUUCUGAGUGUUUGCAAAUCUGGGCUUUCAAGACCAGACAGGUGAGGCGAAAGAUCGUCAGGUUCGGUGUUUGAUCAUGCGCAAGAGAUCGGGUGGAGUUGUUCGGUUCCAGAGUACCAGUGAUGCAAAAUUCGGGAUGAGAUGUUGGAAAACGCCAAAAGUAUUGGGAUGUGCCCGGCUCGAAGUACAACGGCAGUGAUGGAACAACGGAGAGAUGAGAGAGCGUUAGUAUGGAUUAGUUAUUAGUAGGAUCAAUGUCGGAGAACGAGUGACAGAAAGGUGAAUGAAGUACCAAGGCCGAG